UUUUCACAUGUAAAUAAUUUUGAACAACAGUUUUGUUUACAUUUGUGUUAUCUGUUUGUUGGUUUUGUUAUUAAUUAAAUUGUGAUUAGUUUUCGGUUAUAUAAUUAUUAUGUUUAAAAAGAAGGAGAAAGUUACACGUAGUAAAUUGUUAGCUGAAAGAUGUAAAAAACAAAUGGAAUAUUCAAGAUUCCGAAAAAUGAAUGAAUUCAUUUACUCAAAACCGAGUGACAAAGGUUUUGAUUUCAUGAAUGAUGUUACAAAAUUCAAGCAAUACCAUGAGGCCUACGAUGAGAUUGCCUGUAAGUGGCCUGUUAAACCGGUUGAUCAUAUAAUCCAAAAGAUUGAAUCAUUUGCUGGUCCAGAUUGGGAUAAAAAAUGGAUCAUUGCUGAUCUUGGCUGUGGACAAUAUCCAACAAUUAAGGUGAAACUUAACAAAAAGGCUAAAGUUCAUUCCUUUGAUAUAAUUUCUCACCAUAAAGAUAUUAUCGCUGCUAAUAUGGUCAACGUACCUUUAGAUAAUUCAUCCGUUGACAUUGCUGUUUACAGUUUAUCAUUAAUGGCAACCAAUAUAAAAGAUUUGAUGGUAGAAGCGAAUAGAUUGUUAAAAAAACAUGGAAUGCUGAUGAUUGCUGAGGUUUCAUCGAGAUUUGAAGAUUUGAAGAUUGAAAAAUUUGAAGGGAAACUGAAAUCUUUUGGAUUCCAGAUAAUUGAACGUGAAUAUUUACCACCAAAUAAUUUUUUCGUUUUCAUCAAUGCAGUGAAAAAGAAAAAUUUACUCAAACAAGAAAUCUCCAAUUUACCUGAUAUCACAUUGAAACCCUGUUUAUAUAAACCAAGAUAGAAUGUAAACAAUCUGAAAUUCAUAAAUUUUGUAUAAAAAAGAAAAAGAAAUCAAUUAAAUUAAAUGUAUUGAGAAAACAAAAAUUAAACGGUCGAAUUUUAUUCUUUUAA